AUGGUAGCGUGGAAGAUGCUCCCGGGCGGACGUGACGUGGAGGUGACGUUGGAUGGCACGGACGCGGCGUGGUGGACUGACAUGCAGCAGAACGGGUUCGGGGUCGCACCGGUGACGUUCGAAACGAGUGGAGAUGGACCGCAAGGGCCGCGCGCGACCGGAUCAAUGGGCGCUCUGGAAAACGCGACGAAACGACGUCGCUUGACGCUGCCUGAGUUCUACUACAUCAUGGCAAUGGACGCCGUUUUGUCAGCUGGUGAACAUGUGCUGCAAGACGUGUGGCAACGAUUCGAGCGUUCGAGCGCGACGUUCACACAGAUGUUUGUCACGUACCAGCACUUUCGUCGCCGUGGCUGGACUCCGCGGCCUGGUCUCAACUACGGCGCGCAUUACGUGCUGUAUCGUGGCUCGGCUGCGGCCUUUCACUCGGAAUAUGUCGUGUACGUGCAACGCGAUGGCGAAGCACUGUCGUGGAAUUCGAUGCAGUCGCUCACGAGGAUAGCAGCUGAUGUGAAGAAAACGGUGCUGCUGUGCACUGUGACGAGCGAUAAAGCUUCUGCUGAUGCGGUAAUGCCACAGUCGUCGAGCAGCCUUGUCGAUCCGCCAUCGGCUGCUAGCGACGCAUGUCUCACAUCCGGUACAUACAGCUUCCACGGCAUCCAGUACACAUUCGAGGCAGUAGCCAUUCGCUUUUGGGACGCAGCGACUGCAGGUGAGAGACAGUCGUACACCUUUGAGCCUCAACCGGUCCUGCAGAAGGGAGUCAAGUCUGCAAAGAGGAAAGGCUGUAUCAAGCACCCGAAGCGUUAG